UGAGAGCAGAGUCGUGGUGAGCAGAGCAGUUGAUUCCUGUAACUUUGGGUGAUUAUCAUCAGAGUACCUGAACAAACGUCAGGCUCCACCUAACCCAGGAAUUAGAGAGAGAGAGAGGCUGGGGUCUAGAACCUUACACAACAUUUAAACCUCCAGUCUGUCUGCUCUCUCCAGCACUUCCUAUACAUGCUGCGCAGCCAAAGUCACCCAUCUCCACCAGUCCACACCAACACACUCAACAGGAGGAGGAGGACAUCACUAGGGCAACAGGCAUGUCAGGCAUGGACAACAUGGACCGAGGUUUCUUCCGGAAGGUGGAUGUGCCAGACCACGCUCAUUACAUCGUGGCCUGCUUUGUCGUGGUGAUUGGAGCAGUAGGGGUCGGUGGGAACGCCCUGGUGAUGUACGCCUUCUUCAGUAACAAGAAGCUUCGGACGCCUCCCAACUAUUUCAUCAUGAACCUGGCAGUGAGUGACUUCCUCAUGGCCGUCACACAGUCCCCCAUUUUCUUUGUCAACUGUCUCUACAAGGAGUGGGUGUUUGGAGAAACAGGCUGUAAGAUGUACGCCUUCUGUGGGGCCUUAUUUGGGAUCACCUCCAUGAUCAACCUGCUGGCUAUCUCCAUUGACCGCUACAUCGUCAUCACCAAGCCCCUGCAGGCCCUCCACUGGACCUCUAAACGCCGCACCUCCGUCGUCAUCGUCAUAGUCUGGCUCUACUCGCUGGCCUGGAGCCUGGCGCCUCUCAUGGGGUGGAGUUCCUAUAUCCCGGAGGGCCUGAUGACAUCCUGUACGUGGGAUUAUGUGACCUCCACACCAGCCAAUAGGAGCUACACUCUAAUGCUAUGCGUCUUUGUGUUCUUCAUCCCUCUGGGUAUCAUCUCUUACUGCUACCUCUGCUUGUUCCUGGCCAUACGCACCGGUAGUAGAGACAUGGAGAAGCUGGGCAGUCAGGUAAGGAAGUCCACCCUGAUCCAGCAGCAGUCCAUCAAGACUGAGUGGAAGCUGGCCAAGAUUGCCUUUGUAGUCAUCAUUGUGUAUGUGAUGUCCUGGUCUCCCUACGCCUGCGUCACCCUCAUCGCCUGGGCUGGCUAUGGAAGUGCCCUCAGUCCCUACUCCAAGGCCGUCCCUGCUGUCAUAGCCAAAGCCUCAGCCAUCUAUAACCCCUUCAUCUAUGCCAUCAUCCACUCCAAAUACCGGUGA